AUUACACCAGCUAUGACUAUCUGCAUAUCCUAGUGUAGCCUAAAGGAAGGACAUGAUGUCAGAAUAACAUACAAAACAUUUGUGAGGGCAAGUCCAGAAAACCAUGCAGUCAUCAGGGCACAGAUUCCGUGAUGUUGAGCACCACCCGCUUCUUGCUGAAAAUGACAGCUACGAUUCCUCUUCCUCAGAGGCCGACAUGGCAGAAAGGGUUUGGUUCAUCCGAGAUGGCUGUGGUAUGGUCUGUGCUAUAAUGACAUGGCUUCUGGUUGUCUAUGCAGACUUCGUAGUGACUUUUGUCAUGUUGCUGCCUUCCAAAGACUUUUGGUACUCUGUGAUCAACGGUGUUCUCUUUAACUGCUUGGCAGUGCUAGCUUUGUCAUCUCAUCUGAGAACUAUGCUAACUGAUCCAGGGGCUGUGCCCAAAGGAAAUGCCACUAAGGAAUACAUGGAUAAUUUGCAACUGAAACCAGGAGAAGUGAUCUACAAAUGUCCAAAGUGCUGUAGUAUCAAACCUGAACGUGCACACCAUUGCAGUAUUUGCAAGCGAUGUAUUCGAAAGAUGGAUCACCACUGCCCAUGGGUGAAUAAUUGCGUGGGGGAGAAAAAUCAGAGAUUUUUCGUUCUGUUUACGAUGUAUAUAGCCCUAAUUUCAGCUCAUGCGCUCAUACUGUGUGGGUUUCAGUUUUUCUCCUGUGUCCGAGGGCAGUGGACUGAAUGCAGUGACUUCUCCCCACCUGUAACUGUGAUCCUGAUGAUCUUCUUGUGCCUUGAGGGUUUUCUGUUUCUCACUUUCACUGCAGUCAUGUUUGGCACCCAAAUCCACUCAAUAUGCAAUGAUGAAACGGAGAUUGAAAGACUGAAGAGUGAAAAGCCAACAUGGGAGAGGAGACUACGUUGGGAAGGAAUGAAAUCUGUUUUCGGGGGCCAGCCUUCGCUCCUGUGGAUCAAUCCUUUUGCAGGAUUUCGAAUCAGGCGGCUUCUACUAAGAGCAAAGAAAGGAGGACCUGAGUUUUCUGUUUGAGUUUAAUUAUGCUGGAACUUGCAAGAAUACUAUAUAAUAUUUAUUUGGGGCCAGAAAGGCUAUCUACAUAUAAUCUGUGACCAGGUGAAACUGUUACCAGACAUUUGCUUGUAGCAAGCAGAGUUUCGUAUGUUUGUCACAGACAUCUCAUUAACUUUCGGAGACACAAACUGGAUCUGUAAUGGUCUUAAAAACGAGAUGACAAAGGAGAAGCACGUGGUCACACUAGAGAAGCCAAAUGUUGUCAUGCUACUGUAAUUUAUUUUAUGAGAUUAAUUAUGCAUUUUUGUUAAACCCUUUUUAUUUGGUAAAUGUUUGGGGAGAUACCUGUGUGUUUUUAUAAAAAAAACUAUGUACUUAG